AGUCUAGCGAGGCCUGGCAGCCUUGCCCGGGCCUCAGAGAUAGGGAAGGGGAUUGUUCUGGGUCUCCGAAGACUGCAGGAUUUUGCUUUAUUCUUCAGUCAUAGACUUCCAUUCCUAAGAAGGCUUUGGCAGGGCCGAAAAAUACACUUGAAAGGUCCUCAGAGUAGCAUCUUCUCUUUUGUUUUGAGAUGCCCACUAUUGUCUAUGUAGCCUGGAACCUGCUAUAUAGACCAGCCUAAUCUCGAACUCACAGAGAUGCAGCUGCCUUGGCCUCCCGAGUAGAUUCUUAGAACAGAAAUACUUUCUUCAUCCCUAUUUCACUAUUAUCUCUCUUUUUAUGAGUGAGACUCCUCACAACCUUCCCGCCCCCUUGGUACCUUCACAAUGUCACGGGAGCCUUUUGUUUUGUUUUGCUUUUUAGGCCCUGCCCACUUGCAUUUCGAGUUUGUGCGUGGGGGUGUGUAGAAGUCAGAGGACAACCUGUGGGAAUAUGUUCUCUCCUUCGACAUGUGGGUUUUCCUGAUAGAACUCAGGUCAGGUCAUUGGGCUUGGUGGAAGGUACCUUUACUACUGAGCCAUCUUAUAGGCCCGACGAGAGUCUUGAUGGUGUCCUCUUGCAAUUGAAAUCGUUUAAUGUCUUGUCACCCAAGAUGAAAUCUAAAUGCCUUUAAGUGGGGUCCUACCCUUUGUUCCAGCCCCAUCAGUACCCGCUCCUCUCCCGCGCCCUAGGCUACUGUUCAGAAAUGAUUCUUGGUCCUUGCAGACUUUUCCACUUUCCUUGAUACUAGUUUCCCACAUCGGAAUUUACUUGACAGUCUUUUACUCAUUCUUCAAACCCCAAAAUACUUUCCCUAAGAGCCUCUGCGCUUCCUCUAGACAGGGGCCCCAUCUCUUUUAUACCAUUCGACUACGCCCAUACAUGCUAGUGUGAGGACAGGAUCUCCUUGUUUGCUCGUCUGGUUCCUUGCUGUUACAGGUUUCUUGGGGGCAAGGCCAUGUUUCUUUAGGGUGCCAUCUGGCAUAGCACUUAAUAUGUUGAGAAGUGGGCUGAGAUAGUAUUCCUAAACUUAACUGAGUGGCGUUAGCUCUCUGUACUGUAUGUUCCCACAAGUGUAAAUUGGUGCUGAUAUCCUCUGAACAGAAUUUUGCAAAGACUGGAAAGCAAAAACUCUUGUGAGGUCCCUAGCAUAUGCUGUUAUUAAAUAUGGACCUUAGAGCUAUAUCGUGCCCCUCUAAAAGCAGAACGAAGGAAAGGAACCAUUAUGCUUUAUGUUCAUUAGGUGCUGGGCUAGUUUUCCUAGUAUGAGCCCUGUUGUUUUUUAGGGACAUGUUGCACCUUGCCCCAAAUAGUUGUUUGCUUCUUUGAACCGGGAAUUUUGGGGCAAACGCAGUGCGACGUCGCCCCCUGUCGCUCGCUGGUGGUAGUUUGAGGGCAAAGUCAGGCAUCUUCUCCCAACCACAGCUCAGGUGUUCUGGACUUUGCUUUUCCCAACUGUCCCGGCGGGACACUCCCUCUCCAGGCCGUCCCUGCUCCCUGGCGGCGGAAGCCCCGCCCACCCCGCGCACACUGGAGGCGGGGUCUGUGGCGUUGGGCCGCCGUCACUUCCAGUGGACCCGGAAACGCUGCUGUGGCGGCCCCGGUUGUUAGAAAUCGUGAUGGACUCGAGCUUAGUGUAAACCCUGGGCCGAUCCUGGGCCGAGGUGGGCGGGCCUGGGUUGCGGUGGCCAGCGGGGCGGCCUCUGGGCCGGUAUCGGAGAGCCGUGGCUGAGCCGUGGCUGAGCGCUUCUGCUGGGCCAGCGUUGCCCUGUCCCCAGGUUGGAACCGGCUUCCACCUUCCGCCAGGCUCCGCAACGCUUUUGCUUGGCUACCGCGGCCCCUCCACCCGCCCGGACAGCUGGGGGUGCGCCCUGCGGCCAGACGGUCCUCUCUGCUUCACUUCUAGAUGUUUUUGCUGCUCUGUACGGGGCUGCCAGAACGCUGACGUGGAGCAAUCCACUCCAGAACCCCCAUGGAGAAGUUUGGGAUGAAUUUCGGGGGUGGCCCAAGCAAAAAAGACCUGCUGGAGACCAUAGAGACACAGAAAAAGCAGCUUCUCCAGUACCAGGCAAGGCUCAAGGAUGUGGUCCGCGCCUACAAAAGUCUGCUGAAGGAGAAAGAGGCCCUGGAGGCCAGCAUCAAGGUACUGUCGGUAUCUCACGAGGCAGAUGUAGGCCUUGCAGGUGUGCAGCCUCCUGGUCUCACGUUUCCUGACUCCGUGGAUGAUCGGUGCUCCACUCACAGUGAGGAUAGCACCGGAACUGCCACUAGCUUGGAUACUGCAGCCAGUCUUACGAGUAUCAAGGGUGAGUUCGGGGUCGAAGAUGACAGAAUGGCCCAUGGACCACUUCCUCCAAAGGCCGAAGAGGCCAGUGGGUCAGAGAGUGGCGUUAGUAGUAGCAGUGGGGAUGGGCCAUCUGCAGGUAGUGAGAUGGACAAAAGACUACAUCAGCUGAAGACUCAGUUGGCUACUUUGACUAGCUCCUUGGCCACAGUCACCCAGGAAAAGUCCCGCAUGGAGGCAUCUUACCUGGCGGACAAGAAGAAGAUGAAACAGGACUUAGAGGAUGCCAAUAAAAAGGCAGAGGAAGAGAGGGACCGUCUGGAGGGAGAACUGAAGGGGUUGCAGGAGCAGAUAGCAGAAACCAAAGCCCGACUGAUCACACAGCAGCAUGAUCGUGCCCAGGAGCAGAGUGACCAUGCCGUGAUGCUUCGUGAGCUACAGAAGCUGUUGCAGGAGGAACGGACUCAGCGCCAGGACCUGGAACUUCGGUUAGAAGAGACCAGGGAAGCCCUGGCCGGGCGGGCGUAUGCAGCUGAUCAGAUAGAAGGGUUUGAACUGCAGACCAAGCAGCUGACCCGUGAGGUAGAGGAACUGAAAGGUGAGCUGCAAGCCAUUCGAGAUGAGAAGAACCGACCAGACCCUCGGCUGCAAGAGCUUCAGCAAGAGGCGGCCCGUCUUAAAAGCCAUUUCCAGGCUCAGUUACAGCAAGAAAUGAGGAAGACAGCCCUUGCAGAGGACCAGCUUCGCCAGCAGUCCCAGGUCGAAGAGCAAAGGGUAGCAGCCCUGGAACAUCAAAUCUCUGAGGUGUCUGAACUGCUGGGCACCUAUGAGAAAGCCAAACAGAAAGACCAGCUGACCAUCCAGAAGCUGAAGGAGCGGAUUCUGCAGCUGGACCUGGAGAACAAAACACUGGCCCUUGCCGCCUCUAGCCGGCCCUCGCUUGACAGCCACGGGGAUGAAUCCAAUCUGGAUAUCAAUGUCUUGAAGGAUAAGUUGGAGAAGCUCAAGAGGCUACUGCAGGUUGCAGCUAGGAAAAGCCAGGUGACCCUGGAUGUGGAGAAGCUCUGUGACCCUGAGAUAAUGCCCAGCUCUGAGGCUGCUGACGGAGAAAAGGCUACUGCGCUCUACUACCAACAGGAGCUGAAGCAGCUGAAGGAGGAGUUUGAGCGAUACAAGAUGAGAGCCCAGGUCGUGCUUAAGAGCAAGAAUACCAAAGAUGGGAACUUGGCGAAGGAGCUGGAGGCAGCGCAGGAACAGCUUGCUGAGCUGAAGGAGAAGUAUAUCUCCCUGCGGCUGUCCUGUGAGGAGCUGGAACGCCAGCACCAGCAGGAGGCCGAGCACUGGAAGCAGGAGCUGGCCCGGCUGCAGCAGCUCCAUCGGCAGGAGCUGGAACACAGCCAGCUGGACUUCAGGGACCGCGCACUCAAACUGGAGGAGGAGCUGCGUAAGCAGCGGGACCGGGCCCUGGCUGUGCUCGCCGAGAAGGACCUGGAGCUGGAGCAACUGCGUUCUGUGGCCUUGUCCUCUGGGUUGCCAGGACGCAGAAGCCCUGUGGGUGGAGUGGGUGGAGUAGGUGGUGGAGGUCUUGGGGAUGCGGCUGACACAGCGUCCUCAGAAAGCCUGACCCAAGCCCUGCAGCUCGCUGCAGCCAAUGAGCCCACUUUCUUCCUUUAUGCGGAGCAGUUGGCCCGAAAGGAGGUGGAGAUCACAUCCCUGAGGAAGCAGAAACACAGGCUGGAGGUGGAGACCCACCAGCUGCAGGAGAGGCUGCUGGAAGAGGAGGAGCGGCACCGGGAGGAGGUCGGAGCCCUUCAGAGCCAUAUCGAGAAGAACAUCAGGGACCAGAGCAGGGAAGGAGCCAACCUGGAGUAUCUCAAGAACAUCAUCUACCGCUUCCUUACCUUGCCAGACAGCCUGGGCCGUCAGCAGACGCUCACCGCCAUCCUCACGAUCUUACACUUCAGCCCUGAGGAGAAACAAGAGAUAAAGCGGCUCCCAAGUGGUGGGAGCUGGUGGCCUUCUGGCAAGAGAUGAUACCUUUUUCCAACUCCUGAAAUCUCUUUGCCUCUUAUGUGGGAAGGGCAGGCUCGGAUUUCUGCUGCCUCUUCUCUCGAAUUCUCACGUGUUUCUUCACUGUGUUGAACUCAGAGCAGUUCAAACUAGGGUGGGAUUUUCUGCCAAGUGCCAUUAAUGCAGCAUUAUCCUUGGGCUCUAGGGAUGCUGCAAGUGUUGAGACAGCGUCUUCUGGAGGUGUGUGUGUGGAGUAGGCUAGGGAGAGAGGCUGGGGCUAAGAGGUGCAAGUUAGGGAAGCGGCGAGAAUCCUUAGAAAUGAGAUGCUUUGUCAUGCUCCUAGCUCCGAGCUAGGAGUAAAUGUGACUCCCAGAGGAGUUCAGCUGACUUUGGAACACACACAACAACUAUGUGUAUAUUCCUUGUCAGUCAGAGUCUGGUCCACUUUUGUCCUAAUUUUUCUGGGGCCAUAAAAUCAAGCUAGAAAGAGACCAGGAAAUUAGAAAUAGUAACGGUUUGUCCAAAGGGCUGUGGAAUAGUGAGUUCCUCCCUGAACUUGGAACCCUGGUUCCAGGAACCAGCCCACCACUUGUGACCAUCCUAGAGAGGGUCCUGAGCACCUAUGUGAGCUUAGAGAUUUCCCAAGUGAUCUGAUUUGUGCCAGGACAGGAUUAAAAUAACAUCUCUUGCUUAAGCUAUCUGCCUAAGGUCAGCCCAGGAGUCUAAAUGAAUGACUUUACUGUCUUUCCAUCAACAUUGAACUUGUAUUAAGAAAUGAGACCCUAGCUUCUUACAGGGUGUUCAGACAGUAAGCUAGGGGCCCCUUUGGGUUCAAGGAAUCCCUGCCACGAUUUGUCCCAGCUGUGUUUGCUUUUGCAGGGACAGGAAAGAGAAGGUAAUUUGCUGCAGAUUCCAAAAGACUGUUAUGACCUUCACAGGAAAAGUGAAGUUCAGCUGACAUACUUUCUGCCCUGUGGGUCUUGGCAAAGGUUAAUUCCAUCCUUCCAAGGAAAGAUAGCUCUCAGAAAACCUGGGUCAAAGCAGUAUCAGUUGCCCAAUUCUUUUCUUGGCUUAGUCUGCUCUUUGUGGUUAUAAAGACCUUUGGACCUGAAAGACCAAUGUUUGACCAUUAAUAUAUAUCUUUUUGCUAUUUUUAUUACUGAGAUCUGUUUUGUGAAGUUUUGAUUCUACAAUCAAAGGCUUUGGUUAACAAUGUUUUGGAUGGGUGGAGGUAACCCGAUUAUCUACGUGAGCAGACUUGAAUGGAACAGAAGUCUAUCUUUAUGGUAAUACCAAUGGUCAUUAAACCUGAGUGACUUGAA